CCGGAGGGCAGCCUCACUCGUGAGUCAGAGGCAUGAAAGAAACACACCAGCCAGCCUGGGUGAGGAGGUCCCUUUUAAUAUUUGUUAACAGGUUAUUGAGAUGGCGUCUUUGAAAUAUAAGGGUUCCCCCAGGAAAAAGCCCAACUCAGAGCUUGAUGUGAUUGUCAGCAGUCUAAGGAAGGAGAAUGCCUAUCUGAAGAAAACCCUGGUUGAGUUGUCUCGUCAACAUUCAGAACAUAAUAAGCUCGUAGAGAGAUUCCUCUCUCUUGAAACUGUUAGGCUGGAGAGUUGUCAGCAGCUAACAGCUAAAGAUGAGAAGGUUGCAUUGCUGUCAGAGCAACUGAGUAAGAAAGAAGGGAAGAUGAUGGACGUAGACUCCAAUUCAGAUGAAUGGGCCUCAACCAACACCACAAUAGAGCUCCAAAAUCACCUCAGUUAUGCCUUGGAGAAGAACAAGCAGUGGCUGGAAUAUGACCAGCAGAGAGAGGCCUAUGUGAGGGCAACUCUGGCCAGAAUGUUAUGGCUGGAGAAGGAGCUGAACGAAGCCAAUCAAGCCCGCUCACAGCAGCACAAUGAGGACCAUUCAGAUGUGAGGGAGCAAAUAAGCCAGAUGCAGGAGCACUAUGAAAUACUCUUACAGAAAGCCAAAGACGAGCUGGAGGUGCUCAGGGAGCAGCUCAACAUGGCCCACCAGAACCUGAAAAUCACCCAAAACUGUUGCAAGGAAAGGGAGAGCGAGGUGGAAGAGCUCAAGCAGCAACUGCAGACUGAAAAUAUGAGCGGAAAAAGUGCGCCGGAAGAUCAUCAUCGCUCUGAGGAUGAAGAGCAAUGGCUGACUGCUGAGACCGAAGACCUCCAGUGCAGACUGGAUGAGGAGAAGCGCAGGUCAGCUAACUUUAAGCAGCAGUUGACUUUCUUUCAGAAGUGUUUGGGAAAUUGUCACAAUGAAGACCAAGAAAAGAUUGUAGAUCUGGAGCGACAGGCGCACCACUCAGAUCAUGUUGCCACCACUAUUGUCGAGACCCUGGCUAUCACUGCUGUCUUCCUGGUCUCCGUGACAUCAAAUGCGGGAGCUGCAGCCCUGGUAACCUGGGAACGCAGACUGCUGGCCAACAAGACCAUCCUGACCCUCAACUUGUUUGUGGCCGACCUGCUGUUUGUCAGCCUGAUCCCACUGAUCGUGGCCGUGCGGUGGACUGAGUCCUGGAUGCUGGGGUUUACGGCCUGUCACACUGUGCUGUAUGUCAUCUGUAUGAGCGGCUGUGCCACCAUCACCACCCUGGCCUCCAUCAGUGUGGAAAGGGUCCAGGCCAUUCUUCGGCUGCAACCUGUACCCAUUUUAAACCGCAGGGUGGUGAUUGCUACCCUCUUCUUCAUCUGGGCCUUUUCUGCACUCACCUCCAUACCUCUCAGUCUGUUCUUCACUGUGAUGGAAGUGGAUUUCCCUGAGCAGAAACGUGUACACAUUUGUACUCUCAGGUGGCCCGACACAACUGCAGAGAUUGUGUGGAACGUGGCCUUCACUGCCCUCUGCUUCCUUCUUCCAGGAUUCAUAAUUGUGGUCAGUUACAGCAAAAUAUUACAGAUUGCUAAAAGAUGUAGGCUAGGGCUCCGAGACAGCCAGCCAGUUAGAGACUCUCUUGGGUACCAUGUGUCCCGCCAGGAUAUGAAGCUCUUCCGUACCCUUCUGGUCCUUGUGCUCUCUUUCUUAAUCAUGUGGAGCCCUAUUUUCAUCAUCACCUUCCUCAUCCUGGCCAGGAACUUCCUAGAUCACCUAGAUGUUUCCUCUACCAUGUUCUUCUGGGUGGUAACGUUCACACUGGCCAACUCAGCCCUCAAUCCCAUCCUUUACUCAGUCUGCCAGUUCAAGAACGGCUGGCGCAGGUUCUGCUGUGGCUCUGUUAUAGUACCACUGAGAAAAGGACCUCGCAGCAGUGGUCAAGUGCAAGGGAUACAUCUAUGAUUAUCAUGAUUGUUUUGUCAAAUAGAGGAUUCAAACUUACAUAAAGCGUUCAGCACAUGGUCCACACCUCCGGUGACAUGAUAUACCUCUUGUGUAAUAUACAAUGCUCGCUUGUAAUUAUUAUAUUUAAAUACAGAAAUUAUUUCAUACUAAUAUGAGAUUGAAACGCCUGUGAAAGAGCAAACACUGUAAAGAUAGGUAAUUUUAUAAUAAAUCAUUGCUUUUUUGUGA